AUGUCCUUAGAAGAAGGAGAGCUUAUAGAGAUCUUUGGUUCUCCUCAAAUCGUCGCUUCCCGACAUGCCUACGAUCCGGCGUACGAAUGGCCAGGGGAUGCCGCAACUCCUUCGACCAGAACCAGCAUGCUCGAACAUGAAAUAUACAGCCAUACACACGAUCACAAUCAAAGCGACGUCUACAUGCCCUCCCACUCCAUGCACCCUACAUCUUUUCGAACGUCUUCCCGCCCUGUUUCGCCACCUGUGCCUACUACUCCACCGGCUGCAGAAGGCGAUGACCCUAAAGACCACCCUUCAUUGCGCCUCGUCAUAGAGCACUCCACUAUCCGCCCUUCGAAACAGCGUUUAGCUGUUCUCGACGGAUACUUCGAGGUCCAGCUGGGCCGGGAUUUAGCCCCGUCCGGUACUGACAUUCCACGAGUCCGGCUCAAAGAUAUGGAGGUCUCCAAGUUGCACGCUACUUUGUUUUGGGAUAAGGAGAGGAAAUACUGGGCGGUCGUAGACAUGGGAUCCAAACAUGGAACAUAUAUCAGACCAGGACUUGGUGAAAUGCAAGGCGUCGCAUUCGGCGUGGGUGAGAGUGGCGAGACGAAAGAUUGACUGCCGGUGGUACGACGUUCGUCGUCCACAUACAUGAUGAUAGGUUGCCCUGCCUCGACUGCUCAGUUUCCGCUGAUCCUCGUGCAGGAGACGAGAUUCCCUUGUUCCCCACGGACAAGAAGCGGAAACGCGAAGUGUCAACGAUCGCAGCCACUGCCACGUCCGUGAAAGCUGGUAAUACUGAUGCCCCCCAAGACGCAAAGCGCGCCCUGACAUCCCUCAGGAGGAACCUCCUCAGUCGUCACAGUCAUUCGCCUUCGCCUUCUCUCCUUCCAUCGAACACGCAAGACGCGACCACGUCACAUACUCGAUACAUCGACCGUUCUGCCAAGCGCCGCGCCCUUCACCACUCAUCGAGCAGCUCCGACGUCCCUGGCCUUCCGUCCAUUCCUAAAAUCCUCCCUACAGCGUCGUCGGCCCUCGCCACACCGAUGACUGCGACUCCCACUCGAUAUAGCACAUGCUCGUCCCCGCGUGUCCUCUCAGCCGAAUCGUGGGAGCCUCCGCCUCCGCCUGCUGCUGCUGCUGCUGCUGCUCUCGGAACAUCCAAUGUCGGACACAGGCUUCUCAUGAAGCAAGGUUGGCAACCGGGGACAGCUCUCGGGCCACUCGACGUUGAGAAAGCCUCAAAAGAGUCGACAGGGAUGUCUUCCGAGACACAGCAGGCGAUCGAUGCAGCCCAUAAUCGUACAGCGUUAAUCGUGCCAUUGGAGGUGACUGCUAAUUCGUCACGAGCGGGGUUAGGGAUGGCGGUGGCCCCUUCCGAGGUCGAGACACCGGCGGGGAUGCGGAGGCAAGAGACUAAUAACUGGACUCGAAGGCGGUGGCAGGAUAUGAGAGACGAUGGGAACUAGGGCUGUACGUGACACGGACCCUCUGGAAUCGAUUGAAACAUGCUUCCUACGUACUAGCCAUCGUUUUCUUACACUCCCAUUACCUUCUGGGCCAAACAACAGCACUAUCAAGCAGUCUCUCGAGUUCAACUCGUCUAUUAGUUCUAUGUUUUGAUCAACUUUCAACUGUUUCUUU